CAUUUAAAUAAUCCAUAAACUGUAUAUAAAAAUGAAGCCACAUUUAUUUAAACCAGUCAUCAAAAGCUAAUGUUUCUUGACGUUUCUCUUCUCAUGGAUUUUCAUUGGACUAUUUAAACUGAUUUAGGGGUGGGAAUGUUUGCUUUCUGAAGAGCACUUUACACACCGAACCAAAGGAGUUGCGACCAUUCACUCCGCAAGUCUGUCAAACAUCCUUCCAUUACGAUUUAAGAUCUUUUUUUCAGCAGAAUGAAGAUUGAUAUUCAUAAUCAUAUUUUACCAAAAGAAUGGCCAGACCUAAAAGAGAGAUAUGGAUAUGAUGGGUUUGUUCAACUCAACCAUCACUGCCAGGGAGAAGCCAAAAUGAUGAUGGAUGGAAAAAUGUUCCGUGUGAUUCAGGAGAACUGUUGGGAUGCUGAUGCUCGAAUACGGGAUAUGGACAGGCAUGGAGUGACAGUCCAGGCCCUCUCUACUGUGCCUGUAAUGUUCAGCUAUUGGGCCAAACCCCAUGACACAUUAGACCUCUGUGGGAUUCUGAACGAUGAUCUGGCUGCAACAGUGAAGCGAUAUCCGAAGCGUUUUGUUGGGUUGGGUACUCUACCGAUGCAGGCCCCUGAUCUGGCAGUACAAGAGAUGAGGAGGUGUGUCAAUCAGCUGGGCUUUCCUGGAGUGCAAAUUGGCUCUCAUAUAAACACAUGGGACCUCAAUGCCCCAGAGCUGUUUCCUGUCUAUGCUGCAGCUGAGGAACUUAAUUGCUCAAUAUUUGUACAUCCAUGGGACAUGAAGACAGAUGGGAGAAUGGCUAAAUACUGGCUGCCUUGGUUAGUUGGUAUGCCAUCAGAAACCACAAUGGCAAUUUGUUCCAUGCUUUUUGGAGGCAUUUUUGAAAGAUUUCCUAAACUUAAGGUCUGCUUCGCUCAUGGAGGCGGGGCUUUUCCAUACACCGUUGGUCGAAUUGAGCAUGGCUUUAAAGUGCGGCCUGAUUUAUGUGCAGUCGAUAACAAGAACGGUCCACGCAAAUACUUGGGCUCUUUCUACACUGAUUCACUUGUGCAUGACCCACUGUCUCUGAAGUUACUAAUGGACGUCAUAGGAAAGGAUAAAGUGAUGUUAGGCACAGAUUACCCAUUCCCACUAGGCGAACUGGAGCCAGGCGCAUUGAUUGAAUCCAUGGAGUUUGAUAGUUGUCUAAAGGAUAAACUGCUUGCUGGGAAUGCAAUGGAAUUUUUAGGACUGUCAAGAAAACAGUUUCAGUGA